AGCGAGCCCUAUUCUCUCCAUACUGACACAAAGCAGGGCUGCUGAGCUCGCUGUCUCUGUGACUUGCUCCUUGUCGAGUCUGUGGUCCGUCAAGAAAACAAUUCAGAGUCAGGGGCCGGCGGCGCAUCUUGCCGACCCUGGGUCAUCUUUGACUCUAGCCGCCGUCUCUGAGACUACUUCUUCUGCCUCGUUUGAUAGGUGCUUUUAGCCGCCGCUGCCGCCACCACCACCUCCAUUUCCCUCCCAAUUUCCACCUUAAAGAUGCCAAGACAGGGUGGGCAGAGUUUCGUCUGGCAGGAUCAACACCUCACCAGACGGAGCGAGCCGCGGAGAGCUUGCGUGCUAAACAAACGCCGACUUGUUCCCCUCCUGAAAAGCCAGGACUUGGCUGAAUACAGCAGAGGAGGAAGCCCGGAGCGGGUUGAGAAUGGCAGAGAACCUGAACUAGGAGGAAGGCAAGUGCUGCUAAGUGGGGCAGAAACUACAGGACCCUGGGAUACCCAGCAGACUCUUCUCAGCAGAGGUGAAUGUCUUGAAAGCAGUAUGAGCCAGAAAGGAUCUACGAGCAGCUAUCCUGGCUCUGCAAAUGGCAGCAUGGGCAAAGCAGAUGGAGCUGCUAAGAUGAGCGCAAAAGAUUUAUAUGAGCAAAGAAAGAAGUACUCCAACUCCAAUGUCAUUAUGCAUGAGACCUCACAGUACCAUGUACAGCACUUAGCCACCUUUGUCAUGGAUAAGAGCGAGGCCAUUGUAACAGUGGAUGAUGCCAUCAGGAAACUCAAACAGCUCAACUCCAAAGAAAAGAUCUGGGCACAAGAGAUGCUGCUGCAGGUGAAUGACAAGUCCAUUCGACUGCUGGACUGCGAAACCCAGGAAGAACUAGAAGACUUCCUUCUGCCAACAGUCCAGCUCUGCCAAACUGUGUUGAAUCAGAUGCGGUACUCUUCCAUACUCCUGCUCGUGUGUCAAGACUCAGAGCAGCAUAAGCCUGACAUUCACUUCUUUAACUGUGAUGAGGUGGAGGCAGAGAUGGUUCAUGCGGACAUAGAAAGUGCUCUUGCUGACCAUAAGUUUGGAAAGAAGAUACGGCCACAGACGCUCAAGGUAAAUCAAGAGAAGAUAAAACAGAGGCAAUCCAUCCUCCCACCACCUCAAGGGCCAGCUCCUAUUCCUUUCCAGUAUGAGACAAGAGGCUCACCAAAGAACAACCAGAAUAGAGUGGCCCCUUCUUCACAACACAAUGACCCAGAAUUUGAUCGACGAAGCUCCAGCUCUCAGGAUCAUGAAGAGUCCCGUGCACUUCUAGCACAGAAGAUUGAAAAAGAAACGCAAAUCCUGAACAGCACCCUGGAUGACAUUGAGGUGUUCGUUGCCAAGCUUCAGAAAGCAGCAGAAGCAUUCAAGGAGCUGAACCAAAGGAAGAAAGGAAAGAAGAAUAAGAAGAAAGCGCCAGCAGAGGGAGUUCUGACCUUGAGGGCAAAACCCCCUAAUGAGGCUGAAUUCAUCGACUGCUUUCAGAAAACCAAGCUGGCACUCAAUCUCCUGGCCAAACUGAGAAAACAUAUCCAGAAUCCAAGUGCUUCAGAACUAGUGCAUUUCCUUUUUGGACCAUUGGAAUUGAUCGUUGUUAGCUGUGGAGGUCCUGAACUUGCAAGGUCUGUCCUCAGCCCACUGCUUUCAAAAGAUACCACAGAAUUCCUGAAAGGACAUCUAACACCAAAGGAAAUGACGCUGUGGGAGUCCUUGGGGGAGACAUGGACAAGGUCAAGAGCUGAUUGGCCAAGAGAUGCCAAUGUCCCAAGUUAUAUUCCAAAAUUCCGCAAUGGAUGGGAGCCACCCUUGGAAAUCUUCCGUGGAGCCCCUUGGGAAAUAGACAUUGCCCACUUGCAAGAAGAGCUGUCAUCAGCCAAUGGGUAUUCCAGUCGCAAUGUAAAGCCUGUCCAGACCGCUGAUCAGAAGCAAGCUGUGGAUGCCUUUACUCAACAUGUUACUCAGCACGUUAAUAGGAAUUUUGAGGCACAGGGUGUGGCCCCGUCAAAGCGAUAUGCCAAAAUUCAAUAUGAUUUCACUGCUCGGAAUGCCACUGAACUUUCAGUGCUCAAGGAUGAAAUUCUGGAGGUGAUAGAAGAUAAUAAGCAAUGGUGGAAGCUGCGAAACCGCAGUGGGCAGUCUGGUUAUGUCCCGUAUAAUAUCUUGGAUCUGGUUAAACUGGAGGAUUAUGGGUCACUUGAGCAGACAAAUCAGAAAUACAAAGGAGACUUGAGUCCAAGGGGAAUUGGACCUUCUAGCCCCUCACACAAGUUACCUGCCAGCUAUGCUGGGGAGAAAUGGGGAAGUGAAAUGAUAGCCCGUAAUUCUGCUGAUGCCAAAGAACAAUUGAUCCAUCACAUGGAUGAAGUCAAUGAUGAGCUGCUGAAAAAGAUUACCAAUAUCAAAGUCCAGGCCCCUCAAAGGAACUUCAAGGUUGAGAAAGCUCAGCAAGUUCAUGUGCCCAUGACCUUUGAGUCCAAUGCUGAGGAGGUCAAAUCUUGGCUGGAAGCAAAUUCUUUCAGCAAAGCGACUGUGGACCAUCUUGGCAUACUGACUGGGGCACAGCUUUUCUCUUUGAACAAAGAGGAAUUGAAAAAAGUAUGCGGAGAAGAGGGGGCCAGAGUGUACAGCAAAAUCACAGUGCAAAAGUCUCUCCUAGAGAAAAACAGAGGAGAGUCAGAACUUCAAGAAAUCAUGAAGCGACGCCAGGAAAGGAUUGAUUCUGCUAUUUAAAUUCUAUCUGCUUUUUUCAGCUCUUAGUCAUAUACAUACUUGCAGAGAAAAAGGGAAAGAGCAAAAAAUAUAUAUCCCCCAUUAAGAUGAAAGACUGCAGGGAUCAGCACCUAGACAAUGUAAACUGCCACCCAGACAGACUGUUCCUUCAGCAACUGUUGGUACAGGGGAGGCUAUGCUCACACAUUAACGUGACAUUGCAUUGGGAGAGAGGUUUUCGUAUUGCAUGAAGUAUUAUUUUUAUAUCUCUAUAUUUUAUAUAGAAAUGUAAUGUGUGUAAUGUUCAGAGCAUGAUGAGGAUCAGAAUUCAUGUUCUAAGCAAAGCCUGAAGCAAAAACCGACCUCCAAACCAGUGUGUAACCUGCUGUGAUAAAGCUUCAUAGAAUGGGCUGGAAAUAAUGAUAAAUACCUAACAGAAUGUUAUGUAGCCCUGUAUUUUGAAGACUAGAUGCUCCCAUCUCUUUUAGUGUACUUUCAAACUUAUUACUAUAUGGCUUGGAAUAGUCCAGCAUGGCGGGGGCAGGAGAAUCUGCGACUAUGCUUAUGACAUGUUAGGGGGAUAAUAAUUGACUAGUAGGCAAGUGGAUUUUGGAUUUUUGGAUUGGGUUUUGGAUUUUUUCUAUAAUGAACUGUCACCAGCUGUUUUCUGUUUUGCCGACUAUGUCUUCAGGAGGGCACAGAGUAGUCACAAUGUUCCAAGCAUAUCCAGGGUUCAUCCAAGGUCAUGUUCAACAUACCUAUUAGCCUCUCCAUCUCCAGGGAAAGUGAUAACAUGAGCUGAAUGUGAUGUUACUACUUCACACAUGAAAGUGUAUUCUCAUUACUUUCUAAUAACUUUUUUACUGUGGCCAUGCUGGUCCCUUCCACAUUCACACCCUCAAGACACUAUCAGCAUCUUUGGGACCUACCUUGAAUGCCUCUAUCCCUGCGGGGUCACAAAGAGCUGCCACUGAAGUGAUCACACAGAGUAUCUAUAAUAUUUAGGUAGUUAACUAUUCAAUAUAUCAUGUAAAAAGGAAAGUCAGAAGUAUAGAAUGAAUCACAUUUGAACUGACCCUUAGCAGUGGGAAGCAGCAAGACUAGUACUUCUGUCCUCCAAAAAUAUGUCACUGAGAGCUGGGGGACCCUCAAGGACAUAUUUUCAAGGGGAUUCAGAGGGAAGAGAGAUCUGCUAAAAUCUCUUUUCCUCCCUUGCACAAAUGCUUGCAGAAGUACUAGUCUAGAUGUUACCCAAUGCAUAUAAGAAAUCUUUAUGAUUGGUAUAAGGAGACACCUCAUUUUCUGUGACUUUUUAUAUGUCUCUUAUUAUAUUCUUCCUUCUAUAUCAGCCGUUAACAUUAAGCUAUGCCCAGACAAGGCUUUAGAAUGAAGAGCUAAACCUGUUGAUUCUUGUAGACAAGUUGCAUCGAAACAAAGGGCAAUAAAAUGUAUUCAAAUUUCCUGAUUGGCAUGUUUUUAAUAUACUUCAUCCAUCUGUUAAUGGUAGGGGAUGGCCCCAAUUAAUUGUGUAAUUGUUUGUUUUAGCAUUCAUCCCUGACUUGCAAGCUACAAUAUUUCCCAGCAUAAGACUUCUCUAAUUCAGAGAUGAGUCAGAAUAUGAGAUUUAAUUCCAACCUCAGGUGUAGUCACACCAUUCUGAGUGCAUUCAGCUAUGUAUUUUGCUUUAAUCUAGGGAUGCACAUUAUGUGGCCUUUGAGUCAAUUUUCUUUGAAUAUUGUAAGAAUUUGAAGCUUUAAUUAAAAAUCAGUUUCCAGUCCAUAUGCUUAAAAACUUGAGAAUAUGAAUGUAGUUCUUGCUUUAUAAGCUCAGAAUCUAGAAGAAAAUAUAGAGGAAUCCCCAAUUAUUUUCAUAUUUCUUAAAAGCAGCCCAUUGUUGUUUGAAUAGCUGGCUUUGGCAAUAACAGAGUUCUUGGUCAGCUCAUCAUGCAGAAACACAAGUGCCACUCUACACCCCACCUUUUACACAGCCAAUUGUCUCCUUCUGAUUAUUAGGUUAUAAGCCAGACCUCACAAGCAGAAGUGGCUGUCAGACACCGCAUCCUGUCCAAAUUAUGUGGCUGGUUACAAGUCCACUUCAGCCACGCUCAGCUGGAAACCACUUAGCCCAGUAAUAUAAACUAUGCAGUUGAUUUGAGAAAGCAAUAUAUGAUAAUCCCGGCAGCUGGUGUUGGUGACGCAGCUUCAGCUAUAUAUGUCCCCUUGCUUUAAUGUUCUAGCAUCUCUGACAAACCUAUAUGAACAAAAAUGGCUGCUUAGAUGCUAUUUUUUUUUAAUUUUAGAAGUCUGAAAUGUAUUUAAUCUAUAGCUGAGUCCUGCAAAAACUUGCACCAUGCAGAAUAUAUGUGGCAUAAACAGUCCCACUAUACCGCCAUUUAUCCCAACACAAGCUCGGUUCCUCUGCAUGCCUGAAAUGUUUUGCAAGACCAAGCAUUAGGAAAACACACAUACACACACCACUGUUCUAUGUUUCUCACCUGUUGUUAUUUGUACAUUAAGCACCAUGGUUUUAGAUUAUCUGUACAUAAAUAUGUAGAUGAGGUUCUUGACCAAAAAACCCAUGGAUGUAUAACUACAUGAAAAUGAUAUUUUCACAUUAUAUAUUACACUUUAAAGGUAGCUGUGCAGAGAUUAUUUAAUCACAAUUUAAAAAUCAGAGCUAGUAUAAAGUAUCUAUUAUUAUAUACGAAGCUGGCAAGUUUACAGACAGCAGACUAUGCACAUAUUUUUGUUUAAUUGUACACCAAAUGGGGGGCGGGGGAGGCAAACAAAUGCUUGUUACAGGAGGUGGCAGUUAUGAAAGUUGAACAAAGUAAAACAAAAUCAAGAUGCAAUUCUAAGCUUUUUGGAGGAAGCAGUACAAAUGGGAAAAAAAUAUAAAUUGUUCUUUUAUCACUUCUGAUAUGUUUUGGCAUUGAUGGAAGUGGACAGGUUAGUUUUGUAAAGAUAUAAGGUGGACACAUUUAGUGCAUUUCAGAGAGACCUGAUUAGUGGCACUUCGCUGUAGCCAGAAAUAUGGCCACAGAGCAGUCUGAUCCCAUGCAAGUGAACAGAGCAACCAGUGCCUUGGUGGCUGCAUGAAAGGCCCCUGGAUGCCGCAUCUGAGAAACCAUGGCCUUGUUUGUUUUGUUGGGAGUAUUUGCCGGAUAUCAGAUUGAGUAUACACAUAUUUCUUUGCAGGAUUAAGCUUUUGUUCAACCAAACAUGGCUUGAUUAAUGAUGCUGAACUGUAUGUUUGUAUUGCUAACAGGGGUGGCAAAUUGGUUCAAAAUUAAAAGACACACUUUAUUUGCGUUUA